AACAUUAUAAACAAUAUUUUUCAACAAACUAAAUACCGGAAGUCACUUGGCUUCCGGAAUCUAGCGGAUAGGUUAAUAUCCCAACCGACUUCCGGGGUCGACGAGACCGCGUGUCUUGGAAGCACUUCAAUGAAAACAUGGCUGGGAAAAAUACACGGAUGCAGCAAUGGCUGCAGUAUAGAGUCAGAGUAGCCAUCAAAGAUGGACGUAAAUUCGUUGGCACAUUUAUCGCUUUUGACAAACACAUGAACCUCGUGCUGGCAGAUUGCGAAGAGUUCCGCAUUACCAAGGGCAAGGGACCUGAUAAACAAAAAGUGGAACUUAAAAGAACAUUAGGUUUCAUCAUGCUGAGAGGUGAAAAUAUUGUAUCAUUCACAGCAGAGGCGCCGCCAGCAGCACCCAUGGUACCGUACUCAAUGGGUGGACCUGGUAAAGCCACGCCAGCAGGUCGUGGAAUACCCAUCGGAAUGGCAAGACCGGCACAACCAGGAAUGCCACACCUACCACAAGGAGCAAUGCCAUUACAGGCACCCAUGCGCGGAUUGGUUGGAGCUGCACCCAUGAACAUGGCACCGCAACAAACACCAGUUGGUACCAUGCCACCAAGACCAAUGUAGCGACUUUUGGAAUACUAAUUUAUUUGCAA